AGGUCAUCGAAGGACUUAACUUUGAGCUCAUACAAUAUUGAACAGUAAAUUUUAAAACAAUUGAAAUCGAAACUGCGCAAUUGUAAAAAGAGCGUUUCUUGGAAGGAAUAAGACGCGGAUAUUUACAUGCAAAUUUCAAUAGCCCAAAAUAAAGGGUUCCGUUGUAAAGAGUUGUUUUACUUCACGAAUAUUUAUGUUCUCUGACAGCACUGUUUUCCUUGUUUGAACAUCGUAUUGUUUGAAGAAUUAAGGAAGUGAUUGCAAAUGUCAGCAGACCCAUUCAAGUUAUGGAUCACUUUAAGCUGUUUGAAAGAGUAACUGGUAGAAUUUCAUUAAGAAAUGGAGAAAUUUUUGGCAAGACACUAAGAGACGCUUGCAAAAAGACUGGGGCGGAAUAUCACGAAGCUGCUGAAUGGAUUUUGAUUUCAGGGAACUUGGAACAAGUGGUGCAGACCAGGCAGAUUGUCAUCAGUAAAUUUCAGGAUGAUGGUCGAAGUAGAAAGACGUCAAGUUCUUCUAGCCAUGGCGAAGCUGUUACCGCAAAGCCCAGUGGAGCCAUCAAUGAAACAUUGCCAUCAAUAGCAAAGUAUAUACAAUGUUAUCAUGGUCAUGAUCUAAAGACUAUUGAACAAAAAUAUCAAGUGGAAAUCAUAUGGUCCAGUGACAAUACUAAAGUGUACAUUAAACCAAGUUCUGGUGUAAAUCACAAUGUUGAUUUGUUUAAUUUGGCUUGUGACAGGUUUGCGGAAGUAUAUCACCAUUUUCAUAACAAACUUGAAUGCAAUUCAUUUGAUGUGAGUCAAGAUAAAGCUGGCUACAGUUCUGAACGUUUAAAAACCAAAAUAUGUGGUCUACCCCAGCAUGUGCCUCGCCUUAUUUUGGAGAAAUCAUCAGAUGGUCGUAAAUUUCAUAUAUGGGGUACAAACUUAGCGCUAAACCAGGCCAAUGAGUGGAUCCGCGAACAGCUUGGUGGGGUGGUUGAGAGACCAAGAUCCAUCUCGCCCAAAAGUCCAUCCAAAGAUGCCUUGAUUCAUGAAACUGCAAAUAAACUUAAAGUUGUUGUGUACCAAGGAGACUUAACAAGAGCGAAAGCAGAUAUUAUUGUCAAUGCAUGUAAUGAGCAUUUAGAUCAUGGUGGUGGUGUUAGUUUUGCAAUAUCUAAGGCAGGGGGACCAGCAAUACAAAAAGAGUCUGAUGACUUUGUUCUUAAACAUGGAGCUCUACAAACAGGGGAUGUUGCUGUCACUGGAUCUGGGUAUCUGCACUGCAAGAAUGUCAUUCACGCUGUUGGCCCACGAUGGAAAAAACACGGCAGAGAAAAGUGCUUAAUGCUGUUCCGCAAACUCUUCAUGAAUGUUUACAGAGAAGCUUGCAAACUUGGAGCAAAGUCAGUAGCCAUGCCUGCGAUAAGUUCUGGUAUUUAUGGUGUCCCAAAAGAAGUCUGUGCACAGGCAGUAUUCACCUUUGUUGAAGAAAUUGAUCACGAACUAGCCUUAGACCAGAGUGCUCGACCAUUUGAAAUCAUUUUAGUAAAUAUUGACGGUGAAAUUUUUAAAACAUUCUCAGUAGAGUUCAAUAAGUGGCGAUUUAAGGGUAAAAAGUUACAAAGAAGACACAGUUUUGGAUCAAUCACGCGUGUUGUGAAAGAAAAGCCGGUGGAAACAAAGUCAGUUGAUGACAUGUUCAAACCACCAAAGAUGAAAGCGUCGUUGAUUGCGUUGCGUCAGCCUCUCCAAACAUCUUUGAAAGAUGAUCAUAGUCCAGACACCACAUCUGUGGCAUCAAGGAGCAAGCGUGGAUGCAAUUGGACAAGUGUGGAUAGUUCCUCAUCUAAGAGCAAGAGCUCACCAGGUUCUGCUGUUUCUAUCACACCUGGUAGUCAAGUGAAGAUCAUAACAGCUGGUGCAACCACUCCGUCAACACCUGGUACAACCAUUUCGUCAACAGCUGGUGCAACCACAGCUAGAGGGAUCACUAACCACUUCAACCGAAGCAGUGCCAAUACGUACUCGCCCGACCCAGCAAUCCCAGGUCAAUAUGGUGCAGUUUCGUCCACAAAUCAAACCACAACUAGAAAUAAACAUGAUUCAACGACUACAGUCCGAUAUGAGGAAAACGGAGUUGCUUCACAUUCACCUCACUCUGGUGAUAAUUCUGAUGAUUGUAUCAUAUGCCGGUGUCCUCCCACAAAUCCAGUUUCCUUGCCUAAAUGUGGUCAUACAUUUUGUAAGUCUUGCAUUGAAACAGCAUUUACGUAUCAGAAGAAGUGUCCGACCUGUCAGGAAGUUUAUGGGAUCACUGAAGGUGACCAACCAGAUGGUACAAUGGAUGUACAAAAAUACUCCAACAGUUUACCUGGUUAUGAAAGUUACGGUUGUUACGUCAUCACUUACGUCAUCCCGGGCGGUCUCCAAGGCAACAAUCAUCCCAAACCGGGGCAAAAAUUCACAGGCACGAAACGUCAGGCAUUCUUACCUGCAAAUAAAGAGGGGAAAGUUGUUUUGCACAUGCUGAAAAAAGCAUUUAAAAAGAAAUUAAUAUUUACCGUGGGAAGAUCAAAUACGACAGGUCAAGAAGACUGCGUCACCUGGAAUGAUAUCCAUCACAAAACCAGACUUGAUGGAGGACCACUACAUUUUGGUUAUCCUGAUCCUGAGUACUUGAAAAGAGUAAAAGACGAGCUGAAGGCCAAGGGAAUUGUUCCUGAGAAAGACAUUGAGAUGAGUGUUCUAAGUGUCAAGACAUUUCUUUCAGAUAUUUCAGAUACGGAGUGUCCAAUAUGUCGCUACCCGUUCACAAACGUAACCGCUUUACCAAAAUGUGGACACAGGUUUUGCAAGACCUGUAUUGACACAGCAUUUGCAUAUCAGAAGAAAUGCCCCGUGUGUCAGCAGCCGUAUGGAAUCGCCAGAGGGAGCCAACCGAGUGGAACAAUGAGUGUCAAACGAUCAUCGCAAAAUUUGCCUGGUUACGAGGGAUAUGGGUGUCACGUCAUCACAUACGCCAUACCAAGUGGUCGUCAAGACAGCAGACAUCCAAGACCUGGUCAGGCAUUUUCAGGCACCACACGUCACGCGUAUUUACCUGCAAAUAGAGAGGGAGAUGUUGUAUUGAAAAUGUUGAGAAAAGCAUUUGAUAAUAACUUGAUAUUUACAGUAGGAAGGUCUUACACGACUGGGCAGGAUAAUUGUGUGACGUGGAAUGAUAUUCAUCAUAAAACAAGCAUCACUGGUGGACCACAAGGAUUUGGUUAUCCAGAUCCAGACUACCUUAACAGAGUAAAAGACGAGCUGAAGGCCAAAGGUAUAUUUCCGGAGUAACAAAUUGAACCAUAUUGAUUGUUGAACAUGGCCUAGUUUUUCUUAGAAUGCCGUUUCUUGGAAAACAGUAACGGGCUUUCCUGGAAUGCAAUUUCCUGGAAAAGAAGCAAACAAAACAGUUUUGUAAAAAUAGUCCUAGUUUGUAUUUUAUUUGUACUCUACUAUAUGCUAAGAUUUGAAAGUCUUCUAUCCGAAAUGACACUUAAUUGAAACAAUCUAUUGAUCAUAUCUGAUCUUAACGUUUCUUACGCCACUUAAUCGAUACAAUUGCAUAAUCCUUAUAAAUCUCCAUGGCAAUCGUUAGUAUACAUCAGUUAU